CACGAUUUUCAAAGUUUUAAAUAAUCCUCUUCGCGAUCAAAAAAUCUUACCUAAACUAGAUGCAACGUUUUAGUAACUGCUAAAAUGGUACUGAAAACUUGUGUUUUUUAUUUUUUAUUAAUCUUUCAAUACUGUUAUGGUGUAACUGUACCGACUAGAACAUUAAUAGAUGGCAAUGAAAUACCUGUACUUGGAUUUGGCACUUAUUUGUUAACUUCAGAAGAUGUCAAAAUUGCCAUUCCGGCCGCUCUCAAAAAUGGUUACAGACAUAUCGAUACAGCAUUUGAUUAUCAAAAUGAAAAGGAUAUCGGAAAAGCUUUAAAGGAAUGGUUUUCUACAGGCGGAAAGCGCGAAGAUCUGUUUAUAACGUCAAAGUUGCCUACUCAAGCUAAUCGACCCUCAGAUGUGGCAGAGGCCGCAGAAAUGACUCUAAACAACUUAGGUCUUGAAUAUGUUGACAUGUAUUUAGUUCAUUUGCCAUUUACACUUCAAAGGACACCUGAUUUUCGACACUUGAAAUAUGAAAAUGGAACUUAUGCACUCGAUACGAGCACAGAUCAUAUUGCUGUUUGGAAAGAAAUGGAAAAGUUAGUAAAGGCUGGCAAAGCAAAAUCGAUUGGAUUGAGUAAUUUCAACAAAACUCAAGUACUAAGAGUAUGGGAAAAUUCUGAAAUCAAACCUAGUAAUCUUCAAAUAGAAACAAACGUUUAUAUACAACAAGAAGAAUUAUAUGAUCUUUGCAAAGAAUUGGGUAUUGUUAUCACAGGGUACAGUCCUCUCGGAUCAGCUGAUACAACUCAUUUAAGACGAAGGAAACGACAGACAGGUGGCAUGCCACCAGUUCUGGAACAUUCGGUAGUUCAGGGCAUAGCCAGAAAAUAUGGAAAAUCUCCUGCUCAAAUCGUGCUACGUUACAAACUGCAAAGAAACAUCGUCGCCAUCCCUAAGAGUAGGAAUCCAAACCAUAUUAAAGAGAAUAUCGAAGUCUUCGAUUUCCAAUUAUCCAGUUUCGAUAUGAGAAGAUUGAGAAAAUUAGAUCAAAAUGGCAGAUAUCGGAAGUUCGAUUUUUUGACUUUCAACGUUGAACAUCACCCGGAAUAUCCAUUCUCGUAUAGAAUACCUGACGCAAAUUAAAUAUUAGCAUCAUGACAAAUAUGAUUCGGAGCAUUUUAUACGAUACAGAUAAAAGUUUUCUUGUACAACCAGAUAAUAAUUAUGUACACGCCCUAUAAGCUUUUUCGAGGUCAAUUUUUAAUAAUUUUUCGAUCUUUGAACGAAUAAAAGCAAUGAUUUUCUCAAUAUUAGCACAAUAAA